UCAGUUUCGCAGAUGAAACAUGUUUAUUCAAAACGUCCAAAACUUCAACGAGGCGGUGUUUGAUAAACUUGUGCCAAUUGUGGCCACUCGCUGGCGCUACAACAUCGUGUUGUUAGUCAGGUCAUUUUUUUAUUUGUGUUAUAACCGGAAGUUGUGAUUGUCGUUUGGUGACCGUUCAAACAAUGAGGCUUUCAUUUUAAGCUGUAGCGGAAGUUAAUUUUACUCAUGCUUGUUAGCUUGACCCGAUCAUAGAUUUUACCAGCUACAUGAUUCUCAUAAUGACUCGAUUAUAUCAGCGCACCAGUGAAAGCACUUUAACACACAUUUCGUCAGUUUAAUAGACGACCUGGCAACUUAAAAACGUUGUAUUUGUAGACGAACACGUUGCGCCUGCGCCGUGAACCUACGUUUUUUUUUCCAGCUUGAGGUAUGUCGCUUUGCUUGAAAAUCAGCAGCUGCUGUAAAGAGCUGAGGCGAAGGCAAAGUGCAAUAUCAGAGCGAUUCACACCACACGGACAUGCCAAAACGACAGUUCGGGGCCGUGGAUCAUAGUGGGGCUGAAAUCGGGUAAUAUGCAGUCAUAUUUGCCUGUUGUGUAAACGAGACGAGUCGUUUUAUGUGUAAAACGCGUUUCCCCGUGUAUUUUGGAUGAUCUCCCACAGCCAGGUCCACGCAUUGAGAUGAUCUAUUUUUGUGAUGGCGAAGGGUCUGUUUCCAAGGGCCUGGGUGAAAAAGUCUUUCUACUUCCAGGCUCGGAUCUCCUUUGUGCGGGUGAAGUACCUGUUCCUUACAUGGCUGACUGUGCUGGUGGGGAGCUGGGUGCUCUAUGUGCAAUACUCCGCCUACACAGAGCUGUGCAGAGGACAUGAGUGCAAGAAUGCCAUUUGUGAAAAAUACAGGAGGGGAAUCAUCGAUGGCUCUGCCUGCAGCAGUCUGUGCGACAAAGAAACACUCUACAUGGGCAGGUGUUUGUCAACACUGCCAAAUAACCAGGUGUACACAGGAAGCUGGGGAGACCAUGAUGGGAUCAUCCGCUGUAAGUUGGGGGAGGUUGUGCGCUACGAACUGGGCGAGGAGCCGGAGCCACGGAGAGAAACCCCCGUGUUCGACAAGCCCACCAGAGGCACAUCAGUGGAGAAGUUCCGAGAGAUGGUCUUUAAUCACCUUAAGUCCAAGCUUGGAGAGCAGGCUAACCUCGCCAGCCUUGUCAGCCAAAUCCUCUCUGUCGCCGAUGGCAACAAAGAUGGCCGGGUGUCACUUCCAGAAGCUCGUUCUACAUGGGCGCUUCUGCAGAUGGAUGAGGUGCUGCUGGGCCUGCUGCUUCAGGACCGUGGACACACUCCUCGUCUCCUUGGCUACUGUGGGGACCUGUACAUGACGGAGCGAGUCCCCUACGGGCCCCUGUAUGGUUUGUCUCUUCCCUGGCCGCUGGUUUCCUGGGUGCCCAGUGGCUUGCAGCGCACUAUGGACCAGUGGUUCACCCCCUCGUGGCCUCGCAAAGCUAAGAUCUCCAUGGGCCUGUUGGAGCUGGUGGAGGACAUCUUCCAUGGCACCUACGGCAGCUUUCUGAUCUGCGACCUCGCCGCGGCGCACUUUGGUUACACCGACCGCCACGAGCUCCGUCUGACCAAGACCCGUGCGGUGGUUCCUGAGAACGAGUUCAAACGCAAAAUGCGGGUGCUGAAGUGUGAGACGGAUGCGGACUGUGUCUACGGGAUGGACUGCCAGACGUCAUGUGACGUGUCAGAGAAACGGUGCAGGGAGGAGCCAGUUCAGCCAAACUUGGCAAAGGCAUGCAGCACACUGAAGGACUACCUUCUGCGUGGGGCGCCAUCAGGGCUGAGAGAAGAGCUCGAGAGGCAGUUGUACGCCUGCAUGGCUCUCAAGGGUAAUGCUGGACAGAUGAACAUGGAGCACUCACUUAUCCUCAACAACCUGAAAGCUCUGCUGUGGAGACAGAUCUCACACACCAAGGACUCGUGACGAGGAGAGGAAGUCCUUCUCAGAUCAUGCCUGUUAGUUCCUCACACUGAGCUGAGUAUUAAAGAUGCUGUGAUUUAGAAAUAGCAAAUUUAAUGAAGUCAUUUUUAUCAACUCUUAACUCCGUCGGGCUGAUGAAGACUCUACCUCCCCUUUCCCAGUUACAGAAGUUCGGGGCCUGCAAAACACGUCAGAGUACUUUGAAAUAUACACUAAAAGAAACUGAAUGAUUGCAUGUUGCCAUCAGUCACACUUAAAGCAGUCCAUGCAGCCACAUUGUAUUGUAUUUUUCACCACAGUGGAAUGUUACAGGGGCACUUCUGGAAAAACAGACUUGUAAACAGAUGUUAGUGUUGUUAGUCUCAAGAGCUGAGAGACCAAAUUGCUGUUUUUGCCACAAAAUCAUGCUGACACUUAUGAGCGAACAAGGUUCAUCAAUGACAAGUUUAUUCUGUUUAGGAAGACAUGGGUUAAAAAAUCCGAGUGACUGUACAAAGCUCCAGUUUAAAGUGUAAUGAAAGCUCCUUCAUUUUGUUAUGUUAAGGAUUCUACUGAGGACCUAACAUAAUCAGGGAGUGUACCUUAAAAGGAUAAGGCUGGUGAUAGUCUGUAUUUUCAUUUCUAGCAAAUCCAAUGAAAGGACCAAAACCAACAGUGUACUUAUUGAUUUUACUACGCUGUCUGUAGCACUCAGCCCCAAGAGAUUACUGAGGGUAUAAAUCUUUAAAAGCAAGUCACAAAAUUAUACUUUAUUUUUUUUAAACUGCUACUUAAUUUCCUACAACAGCUGGGCACUGUAGUUUUUAGCCACAUUUUCUCAAACAGGAGUAAACAGUGUGUUUGUUGGAGACUACUUUCAGUUGUGGAUGAAUACGCAUUUGGUGCACUUGUUAUUAUUUGCAGCAGCAGGACAGUAACUACAGGGCCAAUAUUUAUCAUAAUGAAGGAACACGUAACCCCGGUGUACUAGUGUGCGAUCUUUUAUAGUUUUUGGACAAAAACUGAGUAAAUUGCAAAGAAAAAUUAACUAUUUUAGGCUUUGGCUACACAGGCAGUACAAGAUGAAUUCAUUGUUGGUUUUAGGUAUUUUGUGUGUAAUACAAUAGGACAAUAAGAAAAAUACAGAAAAUCACCAGACUUACCAAGUACGGAUUAGUGGCAUAUUAAGGAAAAACUGAAACAAUUGGUGAGAACUUAAACAAAUGACAAUGCCUCUGUACAGGAUCCAGAGACUUGGAGAAUCUAUGCCAAGAAGCACUGAAGUUGUUCUGGAGGCUCAUGGUGGAUUUUCCUUUGUCACGCAUCUUCUAAGUGGACAACGUGUUGAUAUUUGUCAGUGUUCCACAGGGGCCAUACUGUACGUCAGCGUACUUAACUCUUAACACUAGUGGCAUCGUCAAUGCUGCAUCUGUGACACCAAGAGAAAUAUUAAUGUAUUUAAUUUGGUUUGUGAAUGUUAUCUACUUGUAUUUCUCGCUGAAAAGAGCAUUUGUGGUAAUGUGCUGUAUCACAUUAUUUUUAGAUUUUAAUGUCUCAGUGCCAUAGAGAUCAUGCUGGAAUCAUUUAUGAAUGUUUACCACCAAUGAAGGUGGCGAUCGUCAUCAAAUCUUGUGGUCACAUUUGAAUGCUGUAUAAGAAGAGUAUUUUCCAUGAUCCCUUCCAGACACUGCUGUUGUGAAGUUACCGUGGCGGAGUUGACAACCUGACUCGUUUCACCAUUUUAAAUAAAUUCAGAACAGACGAGACAUGUAAAGCAUGUUGAGGCGUGUGGUCAGUACUGCUGUUUGGAUCUUGAAAAUGUACAAAAUGUUUACUUAUUGAAGAGACCAGCAUGAUUUUGCACAAUUAAACUACAUACCACUUCACUGUAA